AUGCCGAAGUUUAAUCCACCCCCGAGUUUCAACUUUAGCACUCCGAGCGAAUGGCCGGAUUGGAAACAGAGGUUUGAACGCUAUAGAAUAGCAACGAAAUUACACAAAGAUGAUGAAGAUAUCCAAGUAAACUGUUUGAUAUAUGCGAUGGGGAAGGAAGCAGAACAUAUUUUCAAGUCGCUAGUGUUUGAUGAGGCAGGAGACGAGGAAAAGUAUGAGAAGGUGAUGAAUAAAUACGAUGAAUAUUUCGUCCCGAAGAAAAACGUCAUACACGAACGUGCACGGUUCAGGGAAAGAAAACAAGGGAUCGGUGAGUCUUCAGAAGCAUUUAUUAGAGCACUGUAUGAACUAGCAGAGCAUUGUGAUUUCUCGGACAAAAAUGAUCAAAUACGCGAUCAAAUUGUGAUUGGGCUGAAAGACAAAGAGGUGUCAGAAAAACUGCAGCUUAGAAGCACAUUAACAUUAGAACAGGCUAUACAGUACGCACGACAGACGGAACUGGUGAAAACACAAAUUCAAGAUCAAAUGACACAGUUCAAAAGUCUGGAUGAAGUAAAAAGGUAUGGAAAGCAAAAGCAGCCAUCUCCACAAAAAUAUUUUAAUGCCAAACAAACACACAAUCGCAGGAAACCAAUCUCAAGUAAUCCACAGUGCAGUCGAUGUAACCGUAAACAAGGACAGGAUGCGAGAUGCUCCGCCAUGGGUCAACGCUGUAAGGCGUGUAACAAGUUGAACCAUUUUGAAGUGUGUUGUCGUACCAAAAAAUGCGAGAACAGAACGUGA